AUGUCAGCUAGAGAAGCUAAGAAGACUGAUGUCAUUGGUCCCUCCAAACCAUGGAGCAAGGUUGAAAUAAAGAAGAGGAAGGUCAUAGAUGAUUCUGAGCCUGAAGAGGAUGUUGAGGAAGAUGUCCCUGACAUCUCGCCUGCGAAGAAAACUACUGUUAGGAAGUUUCCUGUUAAAAUUAUUGAUGGGUUCUCCCAAUGCUACGAAGGUUUAGUCAAGGAAUUUAUUGUUAAUAUUCUUGAGGAUAUUUUUGAUAAGAACAACAAGGAGUUCUGCAAGGUGUAUGUGAGGGGCAGAAAUAAUGAGGGUGCAGGAGAAUUAGAGGUUACAGACAAUCAGGUCUGUAGGGAGAUUACAACUAAGCAGGUGAAAGUUUGGCCUUUUAAAAAGCAUCUUCCUGCUGGGAAGUUGACUAUCAAGUAUGUUAUCCUACAUAAAAUAGAAGUUGCUAACUGGGUCCUUACCAACCAUAUCUCCACCAUUGCUAAUACUCUUGGGAGGUUUAUUUUUGCUGUUGGGACAAAAGUGAAAUUUGACUAUGGUAGAUAUAUGUUUGAUCAAAUCAUCAAGCAUGCAACUACUAAUGCAGUUAAGCUGCCAAUUGCUUUUCCCUCUAUGAUCUGUGGAAUUAUCUUGAACCAAUAUCCUGGUAUUCUGUGCUCAAAUGAUUUACCUAGUAGGAGAAAACCAGCCCUGUCUCUGCAUUACAAACUCUUUGAAGGCAAUCAUGUCGAGGAUAUUGUCAUGACAUCUGCCAUGAGGAGGCCAGUCUCAAAAGUUGGAGCAAUUGCUGAGCUUAAGGAGACAUGCAAAGAGCUAGGUGAAGGGAUUAGGGUAGCCACAGCUAGAAAACAAUCUUUGGAAGCCUUGAUUGAAAGCUUGGAGCUGGCUGAGGGUGAAAAUGUUGAACAUGCUAAUGUCAGCCAUGAAGAAGAAGCUGAAGCCCACACCUCUAGUGAGAGGUCUGCUAACAAUGAUGAUGCGAGUGGCAAUUCUGCUUCUGGUGCUGCUGAAGAGGCUGCAAACUCAAGCUCUACUGAGUAG